UCACAAAUGUAUUAAAAAACAAAAAUACAUGCUAUUGAUUGGACAUUGUUUGCCACAGACUACAAAAAGCGGUGAUGUAUUUUGGGUGUUCCCAGAGUCUAGCAGGCUCCUGGGGCCAACCUUGGAGUCUAGUAGGCUCCUGGGAUCCACCUUCACUGGGCAGUGAUUUCCCGUUGACCCCCUCCCUCCCUCCCAUGCACCCACACUCCUUGUGCCCCCCCGUCUGCAGCCAUGACAAAACAAGUCGUUGUCUCCAAACACGUCGUCUCUUUGAUAGCUGCUUGAUAAGAGCGUGACAGACUGUCUCUGGGCACUCUUUAUAAAGCCGCCCCUCUGCGUCCCCUCGGUCAGCUACACCGCCGCCUGUCCUCUACGCAACAUGUCCGCCGCGCUCGUCCUCAUCAUCGCUCUCUGGGCGUCCCCUCUGGCGGCCUUCGACCUGGGCCAGUCCACCCGGUGCGUGGCCAUCCCCCACCAGAUGAAGGUGUGCAAGGACGUGGGUUACUCCGAGAUGCGCCUUCCCAACUUUUUGGGCCAUAGCAACCUGGAAAGGGAGGUGGUGCCUCGCUCGGAAGACUGGAGGCCGCUGCUGCAGACGGGCUGCCAUCCUCAGGCCCAAGCCUUCCUCUGCUCGCUCAUCGCUCCCGUCUGUCUCGACAAUUUCAUCCAGCCCUGUCGCAGCCUGUGCGUGGCUGUGAGGGACAGCUGUGCCCCCGUGCUCGCCUGCCAGGGUCACCCUUGGCCAGAAGCACUUGACUGCGAGCGCUUCCCCACCGAGGAGGACACCUGCUUGUCUCCUCACGCCAAGUUCAGCCACUUUGCUAAAGAUUUGCCCAAAGCGGCCUGUCAGAACUGCCCCACAGUGGUAGAAGCUCCUGCCAUGAGAACAGUCCUGGAUGCUUUUUGCCAGCAUGACUUUGCCGUCAGCGCCAAGCUGCACCGCCGCCGCCUCCUCACUGGCGACCCCGAGUUUAAGGUGGAAGGCCGGGUGGAGUUCAUCCGCCAGGGCCCCCUGUUGCCGUACGACACCCACCACCUCCUCCACCAAUGGCUGCUCAUCAACCUGCCCUGUUCCAACGCUCUGGUGCGGCCCGGCCGCUCUCAACUCUACGUGCUGACGGGCUCCGUGCAGGCGGACGGCAUCCUCGCCAUCACUCGCCUCUUCCCCUGGCACAGGAAGGAUGCAAACAUCGCCAUGGCAACACGCAAGUGGAAGCGUCACAGAUGUCAAGUUUGAGUUGUUUUUUUUUCCUUUUUUUUGGGAAAAAACUUGACGAGUUUAAGAGCUGGUCUCAUUUCUGCUCCUAUAGCACACUGAAAUAGAACGCACUCCAA